AUCCAUCCCGCCGCCAAUCCGUGAGCAGAUACCUCCUACCGCCUACACCUCGCCGUUUGAGAAUCUCGCCCGACAACCGCAACAAUGGUCAAGACUUCCGUCCUCAACGAUGCCCUCAACGCCAUCAACAACGCCGAGAAGAGCGGCAAGCGCCAGGUCCUGAUCCGCCCUUCGUCCAAGGUCAUUGUCAAGUUCCUCUCUGUCAUGCAGAAGCACGGCUACAUUGGCGAGUUCGAGGAGGUCGAUGACCACCGCAACGGCAAGAUUGUUGUCCAGCUCAACGGCCGCCUCAACAAGACCGGUGUCAUCUCCCCCCGCUACAACGUCCAGCUCCGCGACAUGGAGAAGUGGGUUGUCAAGCUCCUUCCCUCUCGUCAGUUCGGUUACAUCGUCCUGACCACCUCGGCCGGUAUCAUGGACCACGAGGAGGCCCGCCGCAAGCACGUUGCCGGCAAGAUCAUUGGUUUCUUCUACUAGACGUCUGUCUGGAGAGGAGCUGCCACGGGUUGAGCAGGUCACGACAAAAGCACCAAAAGUUACGGCAUGCGUCUUCGUUCUAGAUAGCACUUUGAGCAUUUCAA